AUGGCUAGAAUAUUUCCGAAAUUUUCUCGUUUGGUUGGUGCAACGAAUGGUUUCGGAUUAGUGCUUCUUAUUAUACUCCUGCAGGCAGUACGCGAAGUGAGCGCCAGUGCCCCGAACAUUAUUUUUAUUUUAGCUGACGAUCUGGGCUGGAACGAUGUGGGGUUUCACGGGUCGGCACAAAUUCCGACACCCAACCUCGACGCCCUGGCAUAUUCUGGAAUCAUUCUCAACCGGUACUACGUAAAUCCAAUUUGCACACCGUCCCGGUCAGCGUUGAUGACUGGGAAGUAUCCGAUUCACACGGGCAUGCAACAUACCGUACUUUACGCAAUGGAACCACGUGGUCUACCAUUAUCAGAGAAACUGCUGCCCCAGUACCUGAAAGAUCUUGGGUACGCUAAUCAUAUCGUUGGCAAAUGGCAUCUGGGACACUAUCAGCUGCAGUACACCCCGUUGCAACGUGGUUUCGAUAGCCAUACAGGAUUCUGGACUGGCCAUCAUCACAUGAAUGAUCAUACGGCCGUAGAACACGGCCACUGGGGUCUUGACAUGCGCCGGGGUUACGAUGUGGCUUACGAUCUACAUGGAAAGUACACGACGCACGUGCUCGCUGAGGAGGCAGUCAGUAUAGUGCACAGUCACAAUAAGAGCUCGCCACUCUUUUUAUAUAUGGCUCACGCGGCCGUACACUCUGCUAAUCCGUACGACUUUUUACCAGCUCCCGACGAGACGGUCAUGGAGCUGGGUCACAUCGAAAAUUAUCGUCGACGAAAAUUUGCUGCUAUGAUGGUGGAGCUUGACAAGACUGUUGGUAGCCUCGUGAAUGCAUUGCACGGUCGCGGUAUGCUGGAAAACUCCAUAAUCGUUUUCAGUACCGAUAACGGUGGCCCGGCUGAUGGGUUUAAUGACAAUGCGGCUUCGAAUUGGCCAUUGCGUGGAGUGAAGAACACGCUCUGGGAGGGCGGCGUGCGUGGUGCGGGACUUAUUUGGAGUCCGUUGUUGCAAAAUGUUAGCCAAGUAUCACAUCAACUAAUGCACGUGUCCGAUUGGCUUCCAACCCUGUACGAGGCCGCAGGUGGCAAUAUCAGCUCAUUACCUGUCGAGCUGGAUGGUAUAAGCGUGUGGAACGAGCUGAGCAAAGGCUAUCCGACACGGCGCAUCGAGAUACUGCACAAUAUCGACGACAUUUGGGGCACAGCCGCACUUACCGUGGGAAACUGGAAGCUCGUCAAAGGUACGCACUACAACCGAACGUGGGACGGAUGGUACGGACCAGCAGGAAUCCGUGACGAAAAAGCUUACCCCCUGGAAACUGUCGAGAAGUGUGUCGCGGGACAGAUAAUGAGGGAGUUAAAAAUGCUUCCCCCCAGGGCACGUAUCACAAAACUUCGACGGGGGGCAACGGUUUCCUGCGGAGCCGGUGCUCACAUGGCCACCGAGUGCAACCCCCUUGAGGGUGUGUGUCUGUACGACCUGGAAAGUGAUCCUUGUGAGUACAACAAUUUGGCCGACGAACAUCCACACAUAGUGCAGAGUUUGCUUGCACGGUUGGCCGACUACAAUAGCACUGUUGUUCAACCGUCGAAUAUGGAGGAUGAUCCACGUGGUGCACCAGAGCGGUGGAACUACACGUGGCAUAAUUUCGGUGACGAAUUACAGCCAGAAGUUCUGCUCGUUGCAAACGAAGAAACGGUAAAGUAAUUCAUGAGA